AUGACACACCUCUCUCCGACACUUGGGUUUGCCUCAUCCACAACAAAACCGAUACCAAACGCUCCGUCGGUGAAUAGCCUCAUCAUCACUUCACCUUCCUCUCCUUCCUUGUCGGAAUCAGAGACUCUACCAAAUAUUUUACCAUCCUCAAAUACAACAGCAAGCAAUCAUAAUGUUGAUCAACAACCACACCCUAGAUAUGAAUCAUCAUCAUCACCUUCAACAUUGGUUGCAGGUAUCAAAACCAAGAACAACGCUGAAAAUGAAACGGUAGUGAAUAUGCCGGAAAUUGAACUCAUAGAAGAGGAGAGAUCGGAAAUGAAAUUGGAAAAACCAAACAAGAAUGAAAAUAAUGUAACAGCUCCCUUGCUUGGUGCGGAGGAAAUGGAACAAGAUUCACAUUCGAGCAAUGAAUUGACCCACCAUACAAACCAAACAAGUCAAACUGAAGUUUACAUGAAGGAUAUUCUGUCAACAGUGAAAACUGUCAACGAUGCUAAAUACAAGGAAGCUCUCAACUUCAGAAAGGGAUUCAAGGCAUUACAAAAACAAAAAUUUAUUUGGACAUUUCUGACGCUCAUUGGAUUCACUGGAGGAGUUAUUGCAUAUACACAUGAUUUAAUUAUCAAGUACAUGUUUCAAGGAAGAUUGACAAUGAUCAAUGCUUUCGAUCCCGUUCAGUAUUAUGGACUCCGACUAUUUUUGUGGGUAAUUUACAAUUUGGCGUUUGUUUAUGGUGCAGCUCUCUUGACAGCAUUUAUUGCUCCAACAGCAGAAGGCUCUGGAAUUCCUCCCUUGAAGGCCAUUCUCAAUGGAGCCACUCUUAAGGAUCCUAUUAGUUUUAGAACUCUUCUUGUCAAGUGCAUUGCUUUACCUGCAGUACUCGGAUCAGGAAUGUUUCUUGGAAAGGUCGGCCCAACUAUCCACAUUGGUGCUUGUUUAGCAAACAAUUUUUUAAACAUACCCUUUUUCAGACCAAUUAAGAAGGUAAAGACACUCAAAAUGCAAAUGAUUGCUUGUGGUUGUGCUCUAGGAGUGGCUGCUAACUUUUCGACACCAGGAGGUGGUGUGUUGUUUGCUCUAGAAGCAGUAGGAACCUAUUAUAGUUUGAGGAAUUAUCUAAAAACUUUUUAUGUUGCAGUUAUUGCAGCAUUCACAUCUAGAUUAUUUAAUUCCACGGUCAACUUGAAUUUAAAUUUUGUCCAGAAUUGGACAGUUAAAUUACCAUUUCCAUCGUACACCAUUCCAGAGCUAAUUGCACAUGCCAUUUUAGGCGUAUUGAUGGCGUUUGUUGGUAUUGGUUUUACCUAUCUCAAUGAAAAGAUUCUUCAGCUACGUGACAAAUUUGGAAAGCGCUAUCUAGUAUUCAAGUCGGAUCGAUUGGCCAAGUACAAGAUCAUGUUGAUGUUUGAAAACAAAAUAUUUUGGACCAUUUUUAUUUGUAUUGUGACCAGUAUUUUGACGUUCCCUCAAAUGAUUGGAAAAUUCAUGUCACUUUCACCAGGUGCAGUAGUUGAAGAAUUAUUGUCAUCCAAGCCGCUCACAAGUGAAAAUGGUAUUACAGGAGAAUGGAUUAAGAACUCUCCAACAGAUGUCUUUGCAAACUUGGCCAUUUUUUGCCUGAUUCGUUUUGUAAUUUCAAUCUUUUCCGUGAAUUUACCCAUUCCUGGAGGAGUAUACAUUCCAUUAGUUAUUAUUGGAGCCGGAUGUGGAAGACUUUUUGGAGAGAUUGUUGCAGUCAUUUUCCCUGAUGGCUUUGUGCCAGGUCAACCAAUUUAUGCAGGUGCAUUUGCUGCUGUUGGAAUUGUUGCUUGUACUGCAUCUUCCACUCAAGCUUUCUCCACCGUUUUCAUAUUUUUAGAAAUAGUUGGUAUUGCAGCUUAUUUGCCAUCAUUAAUGGCAGCUCUCAUUGCAGUAUUUAUUUCCAGAUAUGCAUACAGAAGUGUGUACGACUCGAUUAUCAAAAUCAGAGGAUGGCCAGCAUUAUUGGAAAGUCGUACAGAUUCAGAGGACUUGAAAGUCACUAACCUCAUUCAACCCUUUGAUUCUUUAGAUCUAAUUGAAGAGACCACAUCUCUCUUUGAUAUCAAAACGAUCUUGUACAAGAAGGCCCUUCCUAAAGUAUUCCCAGUGGUUAACAAUAAGAAAGAAAUGUUAUUACUUGGCCAAGUCUCUGCCAAGUCAUUGGAAUCUCAAUAUCAAACAAAAAAGGCACGUAUGUUAGAGAAGAUCCAUAAGACUACACUUCCUUCACCUCAAUUCCAAGCAACAACCUUUGUUUCUGCAACGACCGGUCAGGUUUCAGAAAUUAAAUCAGGCAAUGUGAGUGGAGAAGCAUCCUCUGAUGUUGAAUUACUCGAUAAGCAGGAGGAGGAACAAUUCAAGAAUUUCAAAUUCACAGUAGAAUAUGAAAAUUGUGAAAUUACACUUGCAGAAAAUCAAACAGCUCAAACCGCACACAUGCUCUUCUCACAACUUGGCCUCAACGACGUUUUUGUUGUGUGGAAAGGAAGACUUAUUGGUCAAUUGCAUCGCCAAAUGCUCAUGAGAGUAAUUGUGGAGAGAGAAAAAUCAGCAUUAUCUUUCCUUUUCGAUUAA